CGUAGACCCCGGCAAGGACCUCGCCGUGCGCGGAGAUGAAGAGGAAGGCGGCGAGCGCCGGCCGGCUGCGCCUCAGCCCCAGCGAGGAAGCACGUGUGGUGAAGGAAGACUCCGAGAGGAGGCGGAAGCUGAGGCUGCUGCAGGUGCGGGAACAGGAAAGGGCCAUUGCGUCUCGCAUCAGAGAGGACGUGAAGCAGAGGAGACGGCGGCACUGCGCCUGCCUGGCCGAGGCGCUGAGGGCCCAGUGGGAAGAGUCGCACGCCCGGAAAAUAAGGAACUUGGAGAGCCUCUACUUGGCGAGUCUGCGGAGCAUGGGACAGGGACAUCAGCGCGCCAAAGAGAACCCCCCCACCUGCCCGGACGGGGGGCGGCGGCGCUCACAGGCCUCCCUUGCAGCCGCGGGGAGCGACUCGCCCACGCUCGACUCGGGGCCCCUCAGCGGGGACGGGCAGCUUCCGGGCGACGCGGACGACGAGCCCGAGCCAGGGGCUCCUCCCCCAAGACGGCCACCGCAGCCGGUCCCCGGGGACCUCGGGGCUCAG